UAUCUUAGCAUCAUUUUUGCUCGCAUGCAAAGAUGACAAAUAACUUAGAUAAAUAUGUUGGUGGAUAAUAUAGUUUGUGCAUUUUUACUGUAGACUGUACGGACCGCAACGGCGAAUUGAAUUGAAUUUCUAGCAGGAACUAAGACUUGAACAGUUUGCGAGUGCGACCCGAAAACACAAGAAGCUAACGUUAUCGUUAGCUAACGUUAAUAACAGCGAUGUUAUUAGCGUAUUGAUAGCAGGUUAUAUUGUCAUUAAAAAUAGAAUGCGCCGCGGAAACCCAGGCAACACAAUGGAGACUGUGGAACCUCAUGGAUGUGAAAAAUGUAGACAGAGUUUCUCAGACAGUGGCUCGUUUACCUCGCACUCCUGUUCAGAAAGGCUGACCACUCCAUCCAGUAAAAAACAGUUGGGGAACUACAAGUGUUCUCAAUGCAGUGAGGUUUUUUCCAAGCCAGGUGUCCUGAAACGCCACUUCAAAAUCCUCCACAGUGGACAUGAGCGUGAAGGCCCAUUCCCCUGCACUGAGCAAGGCUGCCAGUUCAGCAGCACAGACCGUCAGGCAUAUCAAACCCACUUGAUGUCCACGCACUGUCUCACUCUCAUUCCUUGCACCCUCCAGUCCUGCAGAGUGUCAUUCCUCACACAGGGGGAGAUGGAGAGACACUUGCGGGGCCACAUGCCCUUCGGCUGCUUUCAGUGUCAGUUUGUCACUCAAACUGUGAAAGACCUGAGUGUCCACAUCUUGGAGCACAACCAUCUUCCACCUCGCGCUCAAGGGGACCAGACUGCAGCCACAACUGUAUGCACUAAUGGAAGCCAACAGCCUCAGGUGUCCGGCAGGCCAAAAAGAAAACUGAAAUCCAGCCCAGCUGAUGCAUCAUCAUUACCUGAAGACGGGAAUGAGGAGCAGCCGGAGAGACAAAGGCACAAUAUUAAAAGAGUGAGAAAGGCAGUGGAAAGAGACAAACCUUCAGCAGUGGAUGCUGCACCACUGCCAUCCAAAGAGUACCUUGCAGAGGGAUCGGAGCACACCUAUCGCACCCACACCUGCCCCAAGUGUCGGCGCUGCUUCAAGAUGCGCUCCCACCUGCAGGAGCACCUGCAUUUACAUUUCCCUGACCCAAGCCUCCAGUGUCCCACCUGUAAGCGUUACUUCACCAGCAAGAGCAAGCUGCGCAUCCACAGACUCCGCGAGGCAGGGGAAAAGGUUCACCGCUGCCACCUGUGUGAAUAUUCCGCCGUGGAGCGGAAUGCAAUCCGCCGCCACCUUGCCAGCGUGCAUGCCGAUGAGGCAGAAGAUGCCAUGAACGGUCACAGCUAUCCCUGCCCCACCUGCGGUCAAAGCUUUCACCAGAGCAGGUCGCUCAAGGCCCACAUGAAGACGCACAACAUCCUGUCAGACAGCAAGCCGGUGGCCUGCUUCCACGACGCCUGUUCUUUCCACAGUUCUUCGCGCAAAGAACUUCUCCGACACACCGCCGACGUCCACGGGGUCAGGGCUGUGGAGUGUCGUCAUCACGCCUGCGGGGCCGUCUUCAAGAAUGAGAAGGACAUGGAGGCUCAUUAUCCGUCACACCUGGCCUACCACUGCUCGCAGUGUGAUUUCUCUUGCUCCAAUAAGAGCGUCUUCCUCCAGCACCAGCGGCACGGUCACCCGGGGAACGACAAGCUCCGCUGUGACUUUUGCUCCUUCGUCACGUUUAACCCCGUGGAGUUUGAGCAGCACAUUGGACAUUUGCACGCCAACGAGAAGAUCCAUCGCUGCUCUCAGUGCAGCUACAUGACCUCGCAUAAACGGGGUUUGAAACGACACAUGCUGAUCCACAGUGGUGAGAAGCCCCACAAGUGUAGCCUGUGUGACUUCAGGUGCCGAGAUGAGUCCUACCUCUCCAAACAUAUGCUGACUCACUCCGACGACAAGAACUUUAUGUGCGCUGAAUGUGGAUACGUCACUAAAUGGAAACACUAUCUGAACGUCCAUAUGAGGAAACACGCUGGAGACCUCAGGUAUCAGUGUGACCAGUGCCCCUACCGCUGUCACCGCAUGGACCAGCUAAAUAGCCACAAGUUACGACAUCAGGCCAAAUCACUCAUGUGUGAGAUCUGUGCGUAUGCCUGCAAACGCAAAUACGAACUCCGCAAUCACAUGAUGGCCAAACACUCUGGAGAGGAGAAGCCGCCGUCCGUCUAUAAGUGCAAAUACUGCACAUACACUACCUGCUACAGACAAGCCCUUCAAAACCACGAGAACUGCAAACACACCAAGCUGAAAGAGUUCCGCUGUGCCCUCUGCUUCUAUUCCUCUUUCAGUAGCAUCAGCCUCUUCCUGCACAAGAGGAAAGCUCACGGCUAUGUACCUGGGGAUAAAGCAUGGCUAGAGAACUACGCUGCCAAGGAGAAGGAGAGGAACUCAUCUCAGUUCUUACAGGAGUUUUACAAUAAGCCCUCAACAGCUCAUGAGCAGUCUGAACAAUCCCCCUCUGAAGGACCUCCACCUUCUCAAAGAGAACAAUCUGAUCUGCCUGAAAGUGAAGGAUCUGUAGCUGGUUCACAAACUGUGGCUACUGUGGAUGUUUUUGAUGUUGCUUCUCAAGAGGUUGUUAAUGAAGGAGAUUCAGACGGCCCUCCAUCUGCGAACAGUCCCGAGGAGUACUGUACUCUUGUUUUAACGGCACUAUCGACCGCUGACUAUCAGACCUCCUCGUUGCGUAAUCAGGAGGAGAUUUGUGCAAACGAUACUCCAAGCUCAUCUAAUUUAAAUUGUAUUGCCUCCGACAUAUCCCAAGAGAAGGCAGACUUCUCUACAUCUCCAUCAGAGGACGACAAUGCGGCUGUGACAGAGGCAGAAUGUGAACAAAGUGACGUAGAUGAUAACUGUGAGCCUCUGGAUAAUAUAAGUCAACCAGUUGAACCUAGGGAGUGUCAGACUCAGACGCCUGCGGUGGAGAAUGAUGGUGCAACAAUCAGUUCCACUUUUCCAUCUGAGCAAAAUCAGCUAUUAGAAUCUGAGAUCCGUCUGAAAGCUAUGAAGAAGCACGACAAGGACCAAGCAGAAGCCAUGGUGUUGGAGGGUCGGGUCAAGUUGCUCGUGGUGCCAACUAAAGACAUUUAUCGCUGCAACAAGUGUUCUUAUGUAACCAGCAAGGAGACCACUCUGAAGUCCCACUGCCAGGCUUUGUGCCGUGGCAGGAUAAAGGGACACAAGUGCCAGGCCUGUGGUGCGCAGUUCAAACAGAGGCGAGGCCUUGAUAGCCACCUUUCAAAGAAGUGUCCAGCACUUCUGCGAAAAACAAGGACUUUUGUAGGCAUUUCAAAUACAGCAGAAGACUCUACUGUAGGUCGGGAAGGAUCCAGACAACUGGAUGAGGGAACUAAUUCCAAUCAGGCAGAGCUUCUUUCUUCACAAAAUACGAUUUCCACAGAUUCAAACAAUCAGGAAUUCAAUCGGCAAGAAGAGGGAGUAUGUACAUCUCAUUUAACAAACUAUAAAGGCUUUGUUCAUAAUGCUUUUACAUCCAGUGAAUCAGAACAGCAGCAAGGCAAAAUUCAGGCAAAAACGCUUUUGAAAGUUAAACUUGCAAAAAAGCAAUUGUUUCCUAGUAGCAAACAAAGAAAUGUACCACUGCAGAAGUCCCUUUAUGUUAAAGAAGAUGGUAAGUUAAAAUGCAAGCUGUGCAAUUUUUCAUCAGUCAGACUUGCAACAGUUGAGCGGCACCUCUCAACCUGCAGAAGAAUCUCAAGGAAAAGGGAGAACCCGAUCACUCCAGAAGUGGAGGAUGAGAGUGGUAGCGAGUCGCUCAAAAGAAAAGAGGACUUGGUGGAAAAGUACAACGACAGAACUGGGAAAGUUCCUGAGAAACAUCAGAUCUUUUCUUGUCCAAGCUGUGCGUUUCAGUGCAAUCAGAAAAGGGCGUUAGACAGCCAUGAAAAGAGAGGCUGCUUGAAGCCAGAUGAAGUCCAAUGCACCAUGUGUUCAUUCGUAGCCAAAUCCAAAAUGUCUCUGACCCGUCACACCCUGUGUGCCCAUACCAAAAAAAAGGUUGCCGUUGCUAAACGUUUGCAUUGCCAGCAUUGCGCUUUCAACUGUAAACAAGAACGAUGCAUGGAGCAACACAUUGCGCUCAAACACAAAGGUGCACGACCUCACCGUUGUCGAUAUUGUCCUUUCAGCACCACAAGGCGCUAUCGCCUCGAAGAGCACGAGUCUCUCCACACAGGAAUCGGUCGCCACAGCUGCGAUAUGUGCGACAAGACCUUUGGUGCCGCGACCAAAUUGCGUCAGCACAAGAUGCGCAUCCACGACAGACGGCCCCCACACUUCUGCUCACUCUGCGACUUCAGCGGCUACACACUCGACGACGUAAGACGGCACAAUCUCCGAUGCCACACGGGGGAGUUGCACCACGCUUGCACUCAUUGCGAUGCUCAGUUUAGCUCCGAAGUUGCACUGAGAAACCACUGUAAACGUGUGCACCAGCUCCAGGUCUGUUUCUCAUGUAAGCAGUGUGACUACACAUGUGGCAGCGAGGUCACUCUCAAGACCCACCAAGAGAUCAAGCACCCUCAGGCACAGUGCAACACCUGCCAGGAGUCUUUUGAGACAAAGGAGAGCCUCGAGAUUCAUCGGAGAACCCACUCGGCACAUCCGUGUCAGCUGUGCCCCUUUGCUUCCAAAACGCGGCAGACAUUAGCGCAACACCUUCUGAACGAACACGAGGAUGGACCUCCCGAGGACAAGCCUCUCAAGUGCAGCUCUUGUCAGUUUGCGUGUCGCCAUCAGCUGGUGUUAGAGCAGCAUCUGCGAUCACACGGAGGCAAGCGUCUGUACAAAUGCACAGACUGCGAGUUUUCGACCCGGAACAAGCAGAAGAUCACGUGGCACAUUCGCAUACACACUGGAGAGAAGCCUUACAGCUGUGAGCAGUGCAGCUACACAUGCAUUGAUCCGUCUAGGUUGAAGCUUCACAUGAGGGUUCACCAAGAAGAGAAGAAGUACCUUUGUCCAGAGUGUGGCUACAAAUGCAAGUGGGCGACUCAGCUGAAGUACCACAUGACCAAGCACACAGGGGACAAGCCAUAUGCCUGUGAGGAGUGUGACUACCGCACUAACAGAGCCGACGCUCUGCGUUCCCACCGGGACACGCAGCACUGCGACCUGCGCCCUUACGUCUGUGAGAAAUGCGGCAAAGCCUUCAAGACUACUUUCAUACUGAAGACCCACCAGCGGCAGCAUAGUGACGAUCGGCCAUACACGUGCGGCUUAUGCCACAAGGCCUUCCGGUGGCCAGCAGGUCUCAGACAUCACUACCUCUCGCACACCAAGCAGCAACCCUUCUGCUGCCGCCACUGCUCCUACAAAGCCAAACAGAAGUUCCAGGUGGUCAAGCAUUUGCGGAGGCACCAUCCAGAGAUGGCAGUGGACCAGGGGGUGGUGAGGGACUCUGGAGCCGUUAGCCUCACCCUGAAGGAAGCCCUGCUGGGGACACUGGAUGGGACAGCAGCAGAAGUUGAGGAGGAGGAGGAAGAAGGAACGGCCAACGAGGCACAGGAAGUAGCUGAGGAGGUUGCGCAAAGAGAGGAAGACAACGAGACACAACGUUGAAGAGAGGGUGCAACAAAUGCCGGGGUCAAUUCAGAUUGUAGAUGGCUAUCAUUGCCAAAAGGAACAGUGGAGACUGUCCUCCCCCAAUAAUACGGCCACAUAGGUCGUUGGUAUAAGCAGCAAUUACGACCUAUGUUUACGUUUGUAGUGACGGCACCUAAUAGUGGCCGUAGUAGGUAUGACAGGAGCAAAGCAGGAAGUAAAGUUACGAAGUUUAAGAGCGCCAAAUGUCUGCGUAAGGGACGGUGGAUGGGUCAAACAAAUAUAAGACUUUCACCCAGGAGAUCGGGGUCUGUGUUUAAAAGUAAACUACAAGUUUUUUUUAACUUUAUGGAACAAAUGGUGCUACAUCACGUUCCGCGUCAUAUGCGUAACCGGAAGUAAAGUAGCAUUUGAUUUUAACCUAAAUCACAAUCUUUUUUCGAAACUUAACUUGACUAGUGUUAGUGCCUAAACACAACCAAGUACUUUUUGUGCCUAAACCUAACCAAACGUUUCCCAAGUUAACGACAUGUUUAAAACCGUUGUUAUGACCCUGGGGUCAUAUUUUGUAAUUUGUUUC